UCAGAUAGUUGUGCUCGUAUGGAAAACGCUAAAGUGUUGUUAAUAAUUUGGUGUGAUUUGUUUUAUUGAAAGUGUAUUCAAUUUCAAUUAACAAAUAAGAAAUAAUGAAAAGAAAUCCAAGUGUAUGUAUUUUCCAGUACAGUAACAACGGUAUGCAUAAAAUUCAGUAAUUUUCAACAUAUCUAACACACACUACACCUACGAAGUUACCAAAAAGCGAAACAAUGUGUGCGUGUUAACAAAAUGUUGGUGUGCAUGUAGUGGAUUCUCCGAGAGUGCUGCAUAUGUACUCAUAUACAUAUGCAUAAAUAUAUGCAUUAGUGUGUAUGUUUGUAUGUAGUUGUAUUACCUGUAAACAAGUGUGUGACUUUUACAUGUGUACGAGUAUUACUAGUAAGCCCAUAAUUACCCACGUUUAGUCAACCCUUUUCGUGGAACGUUGCAACUUUGGGUUGAUCGCGCUGGCUGACACACCGUCGCUAAUGCCAGUUUGUCACAAUGUCAAUUUGAAUAAAAUGAAAAGCAUAAUAGCAAUAGCAAGCAAAAAUAUAACCAGUGAGAGUCAAAGUGUUCAUAACAGCGCUGCCAAAGCGAUCGAGUUUAUGUGAAUGUAGACGAGUUACGGUUUGUGCUCGUAUUUUGUUGUUUUGUAAUGUUAAUAGCAACUUUGGGCAAACAAACAACAAGGUAACAACAAGCACGAUUUUGACGCUAUUUUGGGCGUUGCCGCAUAUGGUUGAAGCUCUUCGACUGUUUUGUUCAAAAACAAAGUUGUUACGUAUAUGUGUGGAUGCAUGCCUUCAAAGAAACAAAUAUAAGAUAUAUCACGACUCAGCAACACAUAACACUGCCAUGCGCCUGAAAGAUUUGAGGCCAAUAACUAUCUAAACUACUCGUAUCAUACUUCCGAACAAUCGACAGCAGAGAACAAAAAAGUCCCUAAUUUGUCCACAAGCAAUAUGAAGACACACAAACAGACAAAAAAUCGAAUGCGUAAACUAAGCCACACAUUCAGGAGCGGCAAGCCACACCACAACAAACUUACUCCAUUGUUUAGUAUAACAACUAUUCGAAUAAAAAACUUUAAAUAUCGAGACAAACUGCAUCUCACUACAGUCUUCGCCAUAUCUAUUUAUGUGGUACUAAGCAUUUUAUGUGGAGUUGAAGCGCAGACUCGUGAUCCCCAUUUUUACUCACGUCCGGGUGUCAAUGAUUAUAAUUGGCCAAACCCAGGUGAUCCUGAUUACAGAACAUAUAUUUUUAAUGAUCGGCGUUAUGGGCACUACUUGCCAAACGGUUAUGGCACAAAUUAUCCAGGCAGAAAUUCACCUGGGCAAUAUCCACAGGGAAUGCCCAACGAGGACCGAUUUCGAUUUGAUCCGAACAAUCCGAAUGCUGCGCAUACUCCUUUCCCUGGCAUUUUGGCAGGUUGGCGUGAAGAUUUGCAGGGUAAACAGCGCCGUGACUCGCUCACGUUAGACCGCGACGUAUUCGUCACGACCAAUUAUGGACAAGUGCAAGGAUUUAAAGUCUACAUGUACGACAAUCCUGAUCCCAAAUCUUUCUACAGGCCAUACCAUUCGACCGUUGAUAGGGUGAUGGGUGAAUGCUCAGUCUUUUUGGGUAUUCCUUAUGCCUUACCUCCAACCUUCGAGGGUCGCUUUAAACCACCACGUUUGCACCGUGGAUGGCAGCUGCUGCAAGCUGUUGAUUACGGACCGGCGUGUCCACAACCAGUGCGCUAUACAGGCGCAACCAAAGGCAUAACGGACAUGGAUGAAGAUUGUCUUUACUUGAACAUCUUUUCACCAAAAACUGGUGCUGGUGUGGCGCAAAAAUAUCCUGUGAUGGUCUAUAUUCAUGGUGGGGAAUUCAUUCGCGGUGCCUCGAAUCUUUUUCAAGGUCAUAUACUCGCAUCAUUCUAUGAUGUUGUUGUUGUCACUUUAAAUUAUAGACUUGGAGCACUCGGAUUUUUAUCGACCGGCGAUGAGAACUCGCCUGGCAAUUAUGGGAUAUUAGACCAAGUUAUGGCUCUGAAGUGGAUAUAUGACAAUAUUGAGUUUUUCAACGGUGAUCGGGAAUCGAUUACAUUGUUUGGUCCUGGUGCGGGCGCAGCAUCUGCGGGCCUGUUAAUGGUUGCACCACAAACUAAAAACAUAGUGAAACGAAUUAUUGCACAAUCAGGAGCAGCCUUGGCGGACUGGGCGCUGAUCCAAGAUAAAUAUCGUGCACAGAACACCAGUCGUGUGUUAGGCCAGUUGCUCGGUUGUUCCAUAGAAUCGUCAUGGAAAUUAGUGAACUGCCUCCGGACUGGGCGCAGCUUCUAUGAGCUAGGCAAUGCGGAAUUUCCUCCUCAAGUAGGUACGUUCCCUUGGGGUCCAGUGCUGGAUCACAACUUCACAGUGCCCGGCGAUGAUUGGUAUGAAGGUUGGCGUGAAAAAGAUUGGAGAUUCCUUACACAAACACCCGAAACUCUAAUUAGACAAGGGCAAUUCAAUCGUGGUUUGCAGUAUAUGACAGGUGUGACGACCCAAGAGGCAGCUUUUUUUGUAGCACAAAAUGAGUCUUUAGCUCCUUAUUACGAAAUCGAUAAUAAAUUUUUUGAUCAAAAAAUUCGCGAACAUGUAUUCCGUUACAACUACACACUGAAUCCGAAUGGCGUGUACGAGGCUAUUAAAUACAUGUAUACCUAUUGGCCAGAUCCCAACAAUAGUACAAUUUUACGCGAUCAGUACAUAAAUAUGCUUUCUGAUUUGUAUUAUCGAGCACCAGUUGACCAAAUGGUCAAACUACUAUUGGAACAGCGCAUUCCGGUUUAUAUGUAUGUCCUGAACACAACUGUGGAGGCGCUGAACUAUCCACAAUGGAGAAAAUAUCCGCACGAUAUAGAGCACUAUUUUCUCACAGGUGCACCAUUCAUGGACAUCGAAUUCUUUCCCAAGAAGGAACAUCUACAGCGCAACAUGUGGACUGACAAUGAUCGAAAUAUGAGUCACUUUUUUAUGCAAACCUACUCAAAUUUCGCUAGAUAUGGCAAUCCGACACCACAACAAGUUUUGGGCAUGCAUUUCCAACGUGCCUACCAAGGAGAACUGCGUUAUUUGAAUAUCAAUACUACGUUUAACUCAUCAAUAUUGCUCAAUUAUCGGCAAACGGAAUGUGCGUUUUGGACGCAAUAUUUACCAACGGUAGUCGGAGUGCUAGUUCCCACCUAUCCGCCCACAACAGAAUUUUGGUGGGAGCCGAAGGAACCAUUGCAAAUUGCAUUUUGGACAAUGUCGGUUGCUUGUUUCUUUCUCAUCGUUUUAGUGGUAAUUUGCUGUAUUAUGUGGCGUAAUGCUAAAAGGCGCUCAGACUUUUACGACGAAGAUGUUUUCAUAAAUCCUGAUGGCACAGAGCUACCUAAUGAUCAACAUAGCGGUGUAGACAACUCCCAUAUGGUUGCGAAUCAUCAUGCGCUCCGAUCUCGAGACAAUAUCUACGAAUACCGUGAUUCUCCAUCGUCCAAAACGUUGGCCAGUAAAAUCCACACGGAUACAACAUCCAUUCGUUCGCCAAGUUCAUUGGCCAUGACACAGAAAUCGGGCAGUCAGUCCUCCUUGAAGUCGGCGAUUUCACUAAAGGAAACGAAUGGCGGUACCUUGACUAGCAACUCGAGCAGCGCACGUCCUUCACGCUUGACCUCCCUCAAUAACGGUGCAGUAGCAGCAGCUGUACAACAACAACAACCAAGAAAUGUAGAAGAAAAACGUUUAUUAGCAAGUGAGCCAUCUAUACCAAUAUCAGGCACACCAUUAAUAACAACUACAACAGCUGCGAUCUCUGCCGCACCGGUUCCUUUAAGUUCCAAGCUCAAAGCGACACCUUCGACUGUCCCCACAAGCACAGGGCCCAACGUAGCUGGUGCCAUAAGCAGUCGCAGCACAACACCGGUGCCCAGUGCGCGCACCCACACUCAUACUACCACGGCAACCAUAACUUCUGCACCACAGCUGCAACGAUCACUCCCACCCACAUCGGCCACACAGAUACCGCCACAACCUCAAGCGCGCACACAGGUUAUUGAAGGGGUACCGCAAACAUCGGUUUAAGAAAGGCGGGUAACUUGAAUUGCAAUGCAAAACAGAAAAGCUCAUCUAGAGAGAAUUAAAUGCAAAGUAUCUCAUCAUAUUUCAUCGAUUAGUAUGUAUGUAUGUAUAUUUAUGUACCUAGCGUCGGUCUCGUGUAGAAAUGGUAACUUGAUUGGAAUUGGCUAUAAUUUUUAGUUUUAACAGAGUAACAGUAAAUAAACACUCGCAUGAAAUUUGCAAACAAUUUUAUUACAUAAAACAUACGCCGAGAAGAAUAUGCGUUAAUUCCUCUAAUUUCUAGUAUCAAAAUUACCAACAAUUGUACAUAAGCGCUUUUAAUUUUGAUGCAGUUGUUUCUUCUCAAAAUUGAAAAAUG